AUGGUGGCUUGGGCGGAUGUAGCGAAGUGGACGGCGAAGUACUGGGCCUACUGCACGGCAUCGUUCCUGUGCUUGGUCAUUGUGGCCCUCAUGGCGGGUGCUUGCGGGUCGGUGUGGUACCGGGAGAAGACAUCUGGCCAAGUCUACGACAUGGCGACAUCAAGACGCGGCAAUUUCUUCUCCUACGAGAUUCGAUACUACAUGUUCCAUCUGGAAUACGACCAGCAAGUUCAGGGUCCCGAUGCUAGCCUUGUUGUGCCCCUGAAGACGGUUACUUGCGACUACACCGACACCAACUGCCCUGCCAUUAGGGACCCGUUCAAUUCGAACGAGUUCCAAGGCAUGUACGCAGCCAUCUUCUCGUUUGCUCUGGCCACUAUCGUCACCGCUGUCGUAUUGGGCAUUCUCCUUUUGGUCAUGAACUGGCGUGCCGAGGCCAUGGGCGGUCUUGGCUCCAAGAUCCUGACGGUGGUGGCUAUCGUCAUCUCGGUGAUGCUGCUCGCCUUCGUGAUCAUCACCUGGGCGCUCAUCUGGCGCCACCCCAAGUCGACCAGACAGGCGGUUGGCCUCGACGACAACUACUGCGACCGGUGGGAGAUCUCGGAGCGGUACAAGGGCGGCGUGUACUGCGUGUGGGAGGACGAGUGGAACUGGAGUGAUUCCAUCAUUAGGAACCUCACUUUCCGUACCGACGUUCAAGCUACGGGAGUGAAGCAGCUGUGGGGACCAACCACCGGCUGGAUUUUGACGACCAUCUCCUUUGGCUUCACCUCGUGGGUCAUCCUUCUCGUCCUCGGCUGGCGGCCCGCCUUCUUCAAGAACUGA